GCUGUAUGCCCCAGCUCACGUCCCUAGUAUUUUUAUGACCUUUCCGUGGUAUGUUCAACACUUUUUUGCUGUCCUGGGGCUUUCUUGACAGGACAUAGACCAUCUCACUGUUGUGUUUCAAGGGGCAUUGCUUUCCCACCAACUCCACAAUGCCUGCAAUUCAAAGACUAAGCCCCCAUGUCCGGGAUGAAUUUGUUAAACGCAGCAACUGGGCUGGAGAAAAUCCGGGUGUCAUCCUAGUCUUCUGUAUCGUCUUUAUCGUGGGUGUGGGCGUUGUUUCUCUAUUCGCGUACCGAAUGUGGAUGAAGCGCAAAGCAAAGAAGGAGUCCUACCAGGUGCAGGAACGAAAGUGACCGAGUGCAAACAGAAGUUAAAUAACGAAGGCAAUGAGGCCCAUCUCAUGGGAUUGUCACCAAUCUGUGUCUGAUAUUGUCUAAUCUGGCAUUGGCAAUACCCACUCCUGUUUAUUUGCGGACAUGUCCUGGCUGAAGACUCCUGGUCGAGGACAAAAAUUGGGUGACCGAUGCCUACGCUAUAUAGUGUGUGUUUUGGUCUUACUAGUAUAUUGGAUAAGACUUGUAAUCGUAAUUUGGGAGUUUUUACUGCGGCAUAUUCAUGUCAGGAAUGGAUAGGGACUUUCUGCGGUUAAUAACUUGGAUUUAAG